CCCGAGACCGUGCAGGGUUUAGGGACCCUGGACUGGUAGUUACUUUGAAUCUCCAGAGUGCGAACGUGGGGCUCGUUUCUGGCAUCAUGGCGCAAAGGGCCUUCCCGAAUCCUUAUGCCGAUUAUAACAAAUCCCUGGCCGAAGGCUACUUUGAUUCUGCUGGGAGGCUGACUACUGAGUUCUCACAACGCCUGAACAAUAAGAUUCGAGAGCUUCUUCAGCGAAUGGAGAGAGGCCUUAAGUCAGCAGAUCCUCGGGAUAGCACUGUUUACACUGGCUGGGCAGGUAUUGCUGUGCUUUACUUACACCUCUAUGAUGUGUUUGGGGACCCUACCUACCUACAGAUGGCACAUGGCUAUGUAAAGCAAAGUCUGAACUGUUUGACCAAGCAUUCCAUCACCUUCCUUUGUGGGGAUGGGGGUCCCCUGGCAGUGGCUGCUGUGGUGCAUCACAAGAUGAACAAUGAGAAGCGGGCAGAAGACUGCAUCACCCGACUAAUUCACCUAAAUAAGAUUGAUCUCCAUGCUCCAAAUGAAAUGCUCUAUGGACGAAUGGGCUACAUCUGUGCUCUUCUCUUUGUGAAUAAGAACUUUGGAGUGGAAAAGAUUCCUCAAAGCCAUAUUCAGCAGAUUUGUGAAACAGUCUUAACCUCUGGAGAAGACCUAGCUAGAAAGAGAAACUUCACAGGAAAGACUCCACUGUUGUAUGAAUGGUACCAAGAAUAUUACGUGGGGGCCGCUCAUGGCCUGGCAGGAAUUUAUUACUACCUGAUGCAGCCCAGCCUUCAAGUGAGCUAUGGGAAGUUACAUAGUUUGGUCAAGCCCAGUGUAGACUAUGUCUGCCAGCUGAAAUUCCCUUCCGGCAAUUACCCUCCUUGUGUGGACGAUACUCGGGAUCUGCUAGUCCAUUGGUGCCACGGUUCUCCUGGGGUAAUCUACAUGCUCAUUCAGGCCUAUAAGGUGUUCAAAGAGGAACGGUAUCUCAAUGAUGCCUAUCAGUGUGCUGAUGUGAUCUGGCAGUAUGGCUUGCUGAAGAAGGGGUACGGGCUGUGCCACGGCGCUGCGGGGAAUGCCUACGCCUUCCUGUCACUGUACAACCUCACACAGGACGCAAAGUACCUGUACAGGGCCUGUAAGUUCGCUGAAUGGUGCUUAGAUUAUGGAGAACACGGAUGCAGAACACCAGACACCCCCUUCUCCCUCUUUGAAGGAAUGGCUGGAACAAUUUAUUUCUUGGCUGACCUCCUAGUGCCCACGAAAGCCAGGUUUCCUGCAUUUGAACUGUAAGAGGAAAGUCCCCCCAGUGCAACUCACUGCAUGAGCCUUUCUGUAUUAUCAUACCUGGGCUAAAGCAACAAUAGAGUCAAACU